CCUCCCUGAACACUUCUUGGAGGCCGAUAUUGUCGUAUAAAAGACGCGACUGGAUCACGGACCUGGAUGGCUAGAACUCACUGCACCGGGAUUUCAAUGGCGUUAAGGGGGGUUUUAUUGUUGAUAGGAGCUCUUCGCGGACUUAUAUACUUUUUCCUUUAUGACAACAUAGUUAGGUUUUGUACCCGCUUAGGUAAUCCCAUCUGGGCCAGCAAGUUACGGCGCUCCAAAGUGGAGCUGGGAGUAAAAAUGGGCCAAUCAAGUCUAGAUCGACUAGAGUCCCCAGGGCUAGUAUGUGUACAGCAAAAAGAGACAUGGACCAUCUCAGUUUGGAAAAAUGAGGGAAAUACUGAUCCCAAAGACACUUCUUUGAUCCUGGAAUGGCCAGUGGUUGCUCUAGGAGCUUUACGUAGGGUUUCAGGAGCAAUAUAGCUCCCAGGAGAGGUGA